GUCGCGAUCGAUCGCGCGAUCCCGAAGAGAGCUCCGGCUACAUUCUAAAGCGGUUGAAUCGUGCGGAAUGAUCGAGAUGAAGCGAUCGUAUACUCGAAUAUAAGAGCGACGUGUAAUAAGGGUAACUGCCGUGUAUAGGUGCAGCGGGGAAAUCGCGGGGUCGUUACACCGGGGAAUCGACAUCGCGAAGCGGUGCGUGUGCAACCAGCGAGGGUCGACGAGGAGCAGUAGGCAGUAGUGGUAGUACGUCACGGGGUGGUGUGUCAGCGAGUGGAUUGCAGUCGGACCGUGAAUGCGGCCGUGUUAACAAACCCUUGGAGUCAACAGCGCCCCGUGACCGACAAUUCUACGAGAUGAGAAGGCAAUCGUAUUGUCCGAGUUCGAGCAGUGGAAGCACCGGUGAGCCGUUGAUUGUCGUCGAAGAAGAAGCGGAGCGCUGUCGCGCGGAAUCACCACCACGAUGUGUCGAUCCAGACUCACCAUCCUUGAAUCCCUAUCUGCUCUCACCAUGGAGGGAUGCCAGGAAGCACUCCUUGCCGACGCCACAAUGUACAUCCGGGAUAACCGCAUCCCAGGUGCGACGGUUGAGCGAACGUGGUGGAGAAGGUUCCGGUCCAUCAGCGAGGGAGGCUGCUUUCCUGGCGACGCUUUCACAGACGCCGGCACCGACGGCUGGCGGCCGGCGGCAUUCUGUCGUCACGAUCUCCAGGGUGCCGACUACUCUCUUCGGGCGCAAUCGUCGCGAAUCCAUCGCUGCUUUUCCUAUGGGAGGCGCCACCAGGAUAUUACAGAGCCGGCGAGAUUCGUCCACCGGGAUGACCGGCCCGCCCAGCAACAGUGGAAGCACUCACAAUCUGCAGCUCGAUAUUAUGGACGAUAUUGCCGAGAUAAAGGCCAGGAAGGUCCGUUUAAAGAUGUACAAGACACCAUCUCGCGAGCGCGUAUGCGAGAUCCAGCCUCUGGAGGGCAACAGCAGUUCUACCACUCAGAAAUACAUACAGCAUCAGAAACGCCGGUUCUCCGAGUUCUCGGCAUCGGUGGCAGCGUCAACGUCAGCUUUACGUAGACGUGCGUCCGAAAUGACGAGGCCGCUCUCCGAUAUCGAGUUACCCGGAACGUCAAGAGUAGCUGCAGCAGGUAUUACAUGCUCCAACACAGAUCUGAUAUCCAUCUUGAGUUCCCUGACAUCGUCCGCGACGGAGAUAAAUACGUGUGGCACGACGGAAGCAUCGAGCGCGAAGGACGAGAAAUCGAGCUGGUCAGCCAAAACGGCGGAGCAAAGGCGUAGUCGACUCAAGAGUUCUCGAUCCAACAGCUUCGACGUCUCCAUCCUGCACAGCACUAAAAGCAAGACACCAACAAGCAGUGGUAAGAGCACCAUUGGUGCGUUUAUAACGCCAAGCACCUGGUUCGCCAAGAGACAUCAGCCCAUCUCGAAGAAGAAUCGAUACGACGAGGAAAGCGCGACGACGUUCAAGCUGGAUAAGUCGCGGGUGAUUAAAACUGUCAAGGACACGCUCGUGAAGAACGCCAGGCAUAAGGUCCUCUGGGACGACAGUAGUGGUACCAAAGUGGAUGCUCAGGUGCUUGGUAAUGCCAUCGAGAAGAUUCUCACCUCGGGCCACAGGGGAAACGAUGCGGAAGCUUCAAGUAGUUCAUCCGGAAAGGCAUCCGUGUCGCCGAACAAGUCACGUGUCAGUAAGGUCGCCGGUUGGUUCACGAGUGGGAACAAGGAGCAGGAACAAUCGGACUGCGACUCGAUCUGCUCCACCCUAAAGGACCUCUUCGUCAAGUAGUGUACCAUCGCCGGACUAUCUCUCGCGAUUACGACGAUUCAUAUAUUUUGUUGGUAAACAAGAUCCACUGAAUCAACAGUACAAGUUAUUUGCUGCACUGCCGCUAUUUAUUUAUUUGAUUUCUUUUUUGCCGAAUAAAUUUGACAUUCUGAACUAAGUCUCGCGCAAAUCAGACGAGAUCCGUGUAGGAAUAGUUCUCUUGUUUACUUUCUUGAAUUGAGAAGAGUGCAAACGCGAGAAAGGUCGGAGGAAGUAAGA